UAGGAAAAAAAAAUUAUGAGAACUUGUGAUCUUAUUUUUUUAUGUUUUAUCUGAAUCUGAGAGAUUUACCAUUUACCACAAUUUCCUGGACACUCUGUAUAAUAGAAAAAAUUAACACAACUUAUUUCUGUGAUUUAUUUGGCAGACAAAUACUUAGGCCAAAAUAGAGAUGAAAAAGAUUUAGUCACUUUAUUGGAAUAUAAUGGCAGUAAUUAUUCAGUGUAGAGGGGAGACCAGUGUAUUCUUCGACUGCUACGAAAGAAACAAGUCUGUUUGUAGUGAGUUGUAUUAUUCCCUGUUUUCAAACAUUUUUACUAAAUAUUUUCAAGAUAUGGCAUCCUGUGAUGAUUUUGAUAAAUUGAUCGACGAAACGAGGGAUUGGAACGAUCUUGUUGACGAAUUUGAAGCCCUCUCGAAGGAUGGCGUUGAUGGAGUGGAUGGAUCAAUAGAAACGUCCUCACCUGAUGAUGAACAUGAAAACAAAAAAAUUCUGGAUAUGAUCGUAAAAAAAUUCAAUGAAAAAGAAGAAUAUUUGGAAAAGAACUUGAGAGUUAAAGUUCUGAUUAUGAAUAUUUUGAGAAAUGCGAAAUGAUUGAUAUUAAUAAUUAUUUCAAUUAAUGUAGAAUAUUCGAAUAAGGUUUCAAAUAA